UUAAGGUUGUUGCCGGGUAAGAUGGGUGUAAAACCUGCAAUUGGAAGAAAAUCUAACAAGAACCCACCUAUUUUUAGCCAUGAAUUUGUAAUCCAGAAUCAUGCGGAUAUUGUAUCAUGUGCGGUUAUGGUUUUCUUGGUGGGACUGAUGGUACAGUCGACAAGUCCAAUAGCUAGCUUGUUCAUCAGUCUGCAUCACAAUGUGAGUGGUGUGGAGCCGACACGAGAAGCGCCAAAGGGCGAACCAUUCCUCUAUGAAGCUGGGUGGAAGGACUCUUGUGCCGUGUUCUUUUACUCGCUAGUGUGCAUUGUUAUGCACGCUAUCCUUCAAGAGUACUUUUUAGAUAAAAUUUCAAAGAAGUUCCACCUGUCAAAAUCCCGGUUGAGUGCACUGAACGAGUCCGGCCAGUUGGUAGUGUUUCACCUUCUCACCUUGCUAUGGGGAGGUGACGCUAUCCUAAGAGAAGGCUUCAUCUUCAAUAUCUCUCAGCUUUGGGAUGAAUACCCCAAUCACCCAAUGAGCUUUCUGCUAAAAUUAUGGUGGAUCGUACAAGCUGCGUACUGGAUUCACACCGUUCCUGAGUUGUACUUCCAACGCGUUAAGAAAGACGAGUGGGCCGGCCGCAUCAGACACGCCGCCGGCGCUUUCGCAUUUGUUUUUGCUGCCUAUUUCUUGAAAUUCCAAAGAGUGGGAGUUUGCUUGGUAGUGCUCCAUUCUCUGGCAGAGUUCGUAACUCACUGCUACCGCCUCACCACGACUCUGAGAGUUGAGCGGGAGGACUUCAUUGAGAAACUGCUCGGUUUGGUGAACGGCACAGUGUUCGUGGGUGUGCGGUUGUGCUCGCUGGUGCUAGGUGUGCUGACGUUCUAUUUCGGUCUUGCCGGCGCCGCGCCACUACUGCUGCGUGUCGCUGCACUCUCCGUGCUUGUCUCCUUCCAGGUGUAUCUAAUGUUCAACUUCAUUUCUGAAGUGAUCAACAAACGCCAAGGGUCCCGCCAGCAGGCGCAGAGCAAACCCAAGAAGGAGAAGAAAGAAAAAUCCAAGAAAGAGAAAGUAAAGAAAGACAAGGCGCUCGUAGAAGAGUCGGAUCUGCCAGAAGUGGACCAGAACACAAACAAGACAAUGCGACAACGGCAGCCCUCCGCUAAAGCCAAGUGAGGGCGGCCUAAAGACCUCUACAUACGCUCAUUUGACAAACUCACUUCAUAGGACUUUAACCCAACGUAAAGGAGUCGUUCCACUAUAAUCACUUCGGUUCAUGUCAAUCAGUGUUAGUCUUAAUGUUGUUUAUUAAAGCACAAACAUUACUAUACGCAGACUGUUCGACAGCAUUUACGUACAGCGGAAUCGAACAUUUCCGUUAUAUUACCUUAUACAUGUGUAUCUUAAGUGUAGGUAGGGAUAUUUCAAAUUUACGAAUAUCUCUGUAAGUACUUGAUAUUUGGUCUACCGUAGCCGUGUCGUAUAUUAUUAAAUGUAUUGUAUUAUGUAUAAAUGACUGUGUCGAAAUAUUUUGUAAAACCUACACCCGUUUAGACUGCGAACACGCUAUUGUCGUUAAAAGUAUAGUGGAUACAGGGUUGUAAAAAUAUCUCCUAAAGUGUAAAAAAACUGUAGGGUAAAGUGUUGUUUAUAUGGUA